CCGGCUGCAGGAGCCGUGAGGAGCAGCCCGGUGUUCAACCAGGAGACAUGGGGCCGAGGAGUCACCGCAGCCCGGAGCAGGAGCAGGAAGUCCCCCGCAGCUGAGGACCGGGACCGGAGCCUCCACUUUGUGCCUGUGGUUUUACUUCAGACCCGCUGGAAACAACCGGAGCACAACAUAAACAACAACAACAACAACAACAACAGGUUAAAUGACAGCUGAAGUUGUCCGGGCUUCUUUGAUACCACGGGCAGAGUGCCACACCUUCGUUUAGAGCUACAGCUCCUCAACAAAGCUGGCCAGAUGGGGUGCCAGUGCUGCAGGAUGAUAAAAAGCUACAUCUAUGACCCCUCUGAUGCGUUGGACGGGAGGAAGCCCGACUCCGCCGGCAACUCGCUCUACCAGCCCCACCACCUUCCGGGCCGGCCCCCCAGCAUCGACCCGCUGGGCGGCCACGACAAGCAGAAGCAGGGCAUCCACAACCUGGCCUACAGCAAGUCCAACGACAGCACCCUGAGGCUGGAGGUGGACAACAACCACCUCAACCAGAGGCUGCACGCCGCGCCCCAAGCCGCCAAGGAGCUGCACCAGCAGGCGAGCGGCCUGCCCGAGGACGGCGGUCUGUACAUCAUCCAGCCCGACGCCGUGGCACCGAGAUGGAUGACACAUGAGAAAAGGCCGAGCCAGGUGCCGGUCUACCCCAACAUAACGGAGUACGAGAACCAAAGAAGCUACAGCGAGCGGGGACACCGAGAGUCCAGGGACGAGUGGGACACGUCCAUCAGCAAGUACGGGAAUGGCAGUGAAAGCCUGUCAGCAGAUGAGAUCGAGGUGGACGAGGGCGUGGGGGGGACGCCAGAUUACCCGUGCGACACCGGGGACGAGGCCAGCGUCCUGUCGGUGGACAUGCACACCAGCACCACCAGCCUGUCCUCCCUGGACACCCGGGACGAGCUCAGACUGCGAAAGACUCCGGACGUUUCCACCAUGGAGAGCGGGAUAUCGGUGACAAAGUACGAGGAGGAAGAGGAGGAGGAAAGGAACCACGAGGAGGAGGUGGAGAGCGUCACAGACUCAAUGGUGGCGGAGGCCCUGGCUGCUCUUGAAGCCGCCACCGCCGGGGAGGACUUUGAAUGACGGACAAACUCCACUUCCUCUCCCCUUAUUGCGCUCUUGACUCCGAUUUAAAAAUGAGACUUGACGGAGCGAAAUAACCCCCGGUGGUUCGAAUCAGAAACGAAUGAAGGAAAAAACUCUGUUUACAAAUAAACAAACAGAUUUAUUUUUUAACUGGAAUUUUUUCUUUUCUUUUUUACUGUGGUCACACUGAAGGAAAAUAAUAAUAGUAAUAAUAACAAAGCCUUGUGAAAAGGGCAAGAAGCUGCAAGGUUUUUCAUGAAGCCACAAAUAAAGAGGCACCAGUGUGUAGACUGUGAAUUUCACCCGCUUCAACACUCCACAGUUCUACUACGUCUGUGAACUCAUCCCCUUGCUCUGCUCGUACUUUUGUGAGAUGAAAGUCUUACUCCAUCACAUUUUUGGACCAUCGUUAUAUUAAUUGUUAGCAUAUAGCAUCAGUUUCUCCUGUGUUGAUUCACAGUUCCUCGCCAUGUCUUGCUCUCUUCAGGAAUCUUAAACCCAAACAGGAAAGGUCAUUAUUGCAUUUUUUUUCUUUUUUAUAUACGCCACCCCGUGUUUAUGUUACCAUUUUAUCUUCUUCUGUUAUUUAUGAUAUCUACACCCACCCAGUCAUUUUUGAUUUAUUGUGACAGGACACUGAAACGCCUCGAUUGUAGCUUGAAUCCACUCGCGUGUCAGCCUUGAUUUCAGAAUGUAAGAGAAUCGAUUAAAGUAGCGACUUGCAAAGUUAGGAAUUAGUUUACGCACUGUGCUCACGUUAUCAGACACACAGCACUGCACCACGUUGAUUUUUGUCGUGAUUUCCAUGCACAGCACAUGUGUAAGACGUGUAAGGAGACGUAUGUAUGUUUAAAAGCCAGAGCAGGUUUAGAUAAAAUGGAUUUCACUAGAGUUUCAACUUUGUCAACUUUGAGCCUAACUAGACCCUCAAAGCACAAAAUUGCAAAAUCCUACAAGAAUCCAUCUUGCCAGGCUUCCAGCUAAUCAGCAGAACUACUGGCUAUCUGUGGAGAUGAUAGAGAGGAGCAAUCUGAUUGGUUCUGAGAUGGUUCAGUGUGACAAACCAUCUGACGCGUCAAAAUAUCAAAUCAGCUCGGUUUUUAUAUUUCUAUAGGUCAGAGUUCCUGUUUCUACUCCGGCCUGUGACAUUAGUUCACCUCAGAUCUCGCUUAUGUGCCUUAUAAUGAACUGAUAGAGGCCGGUCGCUGCCGAGGAAAUUGAGGAUAUGGCUUUUUAAUUUUUUUUAUUUUUCAGUAUGUUUAAGCUAAAUUCUCUUGUUUGCUCAAUGAAGUUCUGAAUCUGCUUCAGUGCAGCUCCCUUUAUCAGUCAUCGUGUGCCUGCCAAAUCAUUUCUUACUAUCAUAUUUGUAUUGUAAAAUAAAGAGAUGUACUUUAAAAAAUGUAAA